GAAAAAUCUCUUGAACACUGAAAAAUGCCACUUUUUCCUGGCGUCUAGCUUCAAUAAUUCUCCAUUUUCGUCGACUAAAAGAAUAGAAUUCUCCAUUUUCAAUCAAAUAAAAUAAAAAAUUUCAAGAAAAAACCCCUCUUCAAUCUUCAACAUUUCAUCUCUUCCUCCAAGAUUUUUCCCUCCUUUUAUAAACUAAAAAUUUAAACCACUGAACUGAACCCAAAUCAGACACCAACCAUGAAAAACGACCAGCAAAAACACAUAAAUAAUCAAGAAAAUGACCUUACACAGCAACCCCAACGCAUUCAAGAACAAGAAAAUGACCCCCAACAACACAUUCAAGAACCACAAAAUACCCACAAACAAGAAUUACAUGAAAAUCAAGAACAGCAGCAUAAUCACACCAUAACCAUGAGCUCUACUUCUUCUCACGGCUAUGUAUUCUCUCCACCUGAAGCACUUAACCACUCAACAACUUAUCAAUCGCCUCCACCAGAUCACUCUUAUGUUUACUCCCCUUCUUCGCCGGAUAAUAUCAAAUCAGCCAAGCCACCAUCACCGCCGCCGCCGCCAUCUAUACCCGCUUCCAAACCCGGGUCUAAAAAUCAAGACCCAGAAGCGGGAAUCAAGAAAAGAUCAGUUCUUGGGAGAAAUAAUGAGGCUUUAAAGAGAAAAACAUUACUGGGUUGUAGAAUUCUUGGGUUCAUUUGUUGUUUGGUUUCUUUUUCUGUUAUGGCUGCUGAUAAGAAUCAAGGUUGGGCUAUUGACUCAUUCUAUCAAUACAAAGAGUUUAGGUAUUGUUUGUCGGUGAAUGUUAUUUGUUUUGUCUACUCAGGUCUGCAAGCAUGUAGUCUUGCCUUUUCUCUGGUCACCGGAAGAUUUAUUCCGGCUAACUUCCGGUGUUUAGUCGAUUUCACUCUCGAUCAGGUAUUGACAUAUCUUCUCCUAUCGGCCUCUUCAUCGGCUGCUUUCCGAGUUGAAGACUGGGAAUCCAACUGGGGUAAAGACAAGUUUCCAUCAAUGGCAAAAUCAUCUGUGAUAUUGUCAUUCCUAGCAUUCGUGGCCUUCGCGUUAUGCUCUCUUCUAUCUGCUCAAUUCAAUUUCACACCAAUUGCUACUUAGUUUAUAAUAGAUUGCUACAAAGCAAUUCUGUCUUAGAAGCAAAGGAAACAUUUUAAAGUAUGUACAGAAACAAUUCUGUAACUAAACAAUGAUUGAUGCUAUUCAAUCAUGGUAAAGAGGAGUGAUUCUGCUAAGAAAUAGAAAUUAUAGUUUAUCACAGCAA